AUGGCAAUCAAGUUUGAUCCCAAAUGCAUUAUUCUUGCAAUCCUUCUGUUCCUCUUGUGGACGUGCACUAUCCACGCCACUUCCCGCACCCUAGAAGAGCCAUUAUCCUUGCUCCAGCGUCACGAGAAGUGGAUGGCUCACCAUGCACGUUCUUACAAAAAUGACGUUGAAAAGGCACAACGGUUCGAAAUUUUCAAACAAAACUUAGAGUUUAUUGAAUCGUUCAACAGCGAAGGCACUCGAUCAUACAAAUUAGGCCUCAAUAGAUUUGCUGAUUUGACACAUGAGGAGUUCCAAACCUCGUUGCUUAACGUGGACAGCCUACUGUAUCACCUUAAUUUGUUCCCUAUAGGAAACUCAAAUGGGAAUGGAAGUUCGAAUGAUGUUCCGGAUAGUUUGGACUGGAGAGAGAAAGGCGCAGUUACUCAAGUCAAAAAUCAAGGCAACUGUUUGGCGUGUUGGGCAUUUGCGGUGGUGGCGGCGGUGGAGGGAAUAAAUGAAAUCAAGACCGGAAAAUUAGUGUCCUUGUCGGAACAACACCUUCUAGACUGCGACCCGAAUCAUUUCGGCUGCAAUGGCGGAGUGAUCACUGAUGCAUUCCAAUCGAUAGAAGAUAUGGGCGGGCUCUCGUCGGAAUCCGACUAUCCCUACAAGGCUUCUGAAGGCACGUGCAAUACCCAAAACUCCCAGGCGACGGCGGCGACCAUUACCGGGUUCGAACAAGUCGAGAAGACCGAAUCCGCGCUCCUUCAGGCCGUGAGCGGCCAACCUGUCGCCGCCGGCAUCACCGUCGGCGGGAAAGAGUUCCAGCUGUACUCGAGCGGCGUCUUCGACGGCGAUUGCGGCAGCGGAUCCUACCACGCCGUCGCCGUCGUGGGGUACGGUGCAAGAAAUGACGGUCAAAAAUAUUGGGUGAUAAAGAAUUCAUGGGGCACGGGGUGGGGCGAAAAAGGGUACAUGAAAAUGGCGAGGGAUACCGACGAGGAGGGAGGGCUGUGUGGCAUUGCUAAUGAUGCUGCGUACCCCACUGCUUAG